AUGUGUAAGUGUGGGGGUGUGUGUGCUCGACAGAAAGAGGUGCCAGAGGCAGUGAGUGUUGAUGGUUUCAUCAUGUUCCCCCUCGAUACAGAUGAAGGAGACAAUCCGUCUCUCCAGGACACCAAGCAUCACUGGCUGAACAGACCCUGCCUGCUGGUGCUCAACGAUGGGGACAUGGCCAAACCCGGACUGGGCUGCGGACAGAUCAGAGCCGAGUCUCCUUCCAAGGCCACUUCAGAUGCCACCGUCAGAACCACUUUGGUGCCAAGCGAGCAGAAACCAUCUGAACACCUUGCCAAAACCAUUUCACCCUCCCAGCUGGAGGAGGGCAGCUGCACUGUGACCGCCAUCUCCUCGUGGGGCGAGAGUCGUUUCGGGGAGUCCGCCAGCCCCCUGGUGCUGAGCCCUGCCGAGGCUGCAUGGCCGGAAGAGGGGGCCGAGUUGGUGGAGGAGGGGAAGAAACCCAAGGCUCUCCCGUCGAAGGAGGACUCUGUGGUUGAGGAGAAGGAGCUGGAGGAGAGCGGGCAGCAGCAGGAGCAGCCCGGCAGCUCGGAGGCGACCUCAACACCUGAGGAGGCGUGUGGCAGGGUGCCCUGGGAGCUCCCGGGUCAGUUUAAGAAGACCACAUCCAACGGAAGAGAUGAGGAGAACACCAGUGGGGAGGGAGCAAUGGGGGACUCUGCAUCCUCCUGUGAAGAUCCUGACAAUGAGUCCCAGCUGAGCCCUGCUGGUAUUCUGUCCAAGGAUCGAGGCAGCGUCCUCGGGGAGGUGGCGCCAGUGUGGAUCCCUGAUGCUCAGGCUCAGGUCUGCAUGAAGUGGACCCCUCCGAGGGGGAAGAGGAGGGUGUGGUUCGCUGACGAAAUCCUCACCGAUAAGCAGUCGGAGUCUGAGCCCAACACGCCGGUCAGAGGGCCGACGUUCUCGCCGCUGACGGGACGAGCGCUGGGCGAGCCGGCUAAAAGUCCUGAGGCCUGUGGUCCUUACGGCUGGGGCACCACAGCGUUAGUGAGCAGCUCGGCCAACCUCAUCCCCCUGGAAGGUCUGCCCCCCAUCCUCACCUCCACAGGAGUCAAGGGAGAUUACACUGUGGAGGAGCAGCCUUCUGAGAUGCUGCUGAUUCAGGAGCUGGAGAGCGGCAGACCAAAGCCCCUGGUGUUUGUCCUCAACGCCAACCUGCUCGCUAUGGUCAAGCUGGUCAAUUAUGUAAACAGGAAGUGCUGGUGCGUGACGACGAAGGGGAUGCAUGCUGUGGGCCAGGUGGAGGUAGUGGUGCUGCUGCAGUGCCUGCCAGAAGAGAAGAGCUUCCCCAAAGACAUUUUCCGCCACUUCAUCCAGCUGUACAGGGACAUGCUCGCAGGGAAGGUGGUGGAACACCUGUCUCUCUCCCUGUUUGGCAGCAGUUUCCUCGGCAGUGAGGAGCACGCAGGCUUCCUGUACGUUCACUCCACUCUCCAGUCCCUUCAGGGUCUACCUCUGCCAAACCAGCCCUACCUCUUUGGCCUGCUGGUCCACAGAGCAGAGGUGGCGUGGGCCAAAGCCUUCCCCCUGCGUCUCAUGCUGCGACUCGGGGCUGAGUACCGAUUUUACCCGUGUCCCCUGUACAGCGUGCGAUGUAGGAAGCCCUUGUUUGGGGAAAUAGGUCACACCAUAAUGAGACUACUAGUGGACUUUAGGAAUUACCGUUACAGCCUUCCAGUGGUGCCCGGGCUCACUGUGGAUCUAGAGGCUCAGAGGACCUGCAUAAAGAUACCAACCACUGGGUAUAAUGAGCUAAUGAAGGCUUUGAAUAAGUCCAAUGAGCACGUGCUGGCCAUCGCAGCGUGCUUCAACGAGGCGGCAGACUCCCACCUGAUCUGUGUGCAAGCGGAGGGCGGCCAGUACCAGACCCAAGCCAUCAGCAUCCACAAUCAGCCACGCAAAGUCACUGGAUCGUGCUUCUUUAUCUUCAGCAGUGCUCUGAAAGCUUCUGCAGGAUACCUGGCCAAGUCCAGCAUAGUAGAAGAUGGGCUAAUGGUGCAGAUCACCGUGGAAACCAUGGCAGAGCUGCGCCGGUCGCUACGGGAGAUGAAAGACUACACUGUCACCUGCGGACGGCUUGACCAAUCAGACAGCCAGGAGCUUGUUUGUGUACAGUGGGUGGAGGAGAGGUGCGCUGUGAAUAAAGGAGUCAUAAGCCCCAUCGAUGGGAAAUCCAUGGAGUCCAUCAGCAGCACGAAGAUGUUCCAGAAGUCCGAGUACAAAGAAAAUGGGAAAAUCAUCCGCUGGACAGAAGUGUUCUUCCUGCAGACGGGGGAUGAUCCCAAAGGAGGAGCGAGUGACUCUGCUGAACACAACCGGCUGACGGAGCGGAUCGCCCGAGCUUUUUGCUUGGCACUGUGUCCGCACCUCAAGCUGCUGAAGGAGGACGGGAUGGCCAAACUGGGGCUGCGCGUCACGUUUGACCCUCAAGAGGUUGGAUUUGUGGCCGGGAGCAACGGGCAGCCGCUCCCUGCUCGGUAUCUCAACGCCCUGGAUAGUGUGAUGAUCCCCGUCAUACACAGCAGGGGGCGAAAGAGGGGAGACGAGCCCAUAGUGAUGGAGCUCAUCUUUUACAUCCUUGAGAACAUAACUUAGGCCGCAAUUAUCUAACAAUUUCAUCUACUUAACCCUGACCACGACUCUGUCGCGGGCACGUCUCAUCAGCGCUGCUGUUGGCUUCAGGGCGAUUAAAAGCCUCCAAAAAGGGCGAACCAGACCACACCCGAGGUCUGCAUCCAUCUCACCCACUCAACAGUAGAGAGAAGUGGUCUGACUCCUUUAGUGGUUUUCUGAUCUCACUCUGCCCUGCAGCAGACAAUCCCCAGUACGCAUGAUGAACCCUCUGAUGGACCAUGAGAUCCAGGUGCUCAGUACUUGCACUGUAGUAGCAUUUUCAUAGCUUGAUAUCACUCACAACGUUCAAUACAGUUUCCAGAUAUGGACAAAACCUUUAAAGUGGGAGCUGGAUUCAGCCCUGCGACCCUAAAGCAAAGAAAAGAAGAGAAUGACUUGAAGAACUGUACGUAGUAGAUCUGUAGAAACCUGAUGCACAGAGAAUGAAUGCCUGAAGAAUGUUUUCAUACUGGAAGUGUUUUAACUGACUGCUAAUGAAAUGUUAUGUCAGCCUGGAAUUAAACUUAAAACUAUGACUGGA